AUGCUGCUGUCCCUGAUAUUCCCUAUUGCGGUGCUGGGAGAAAAGUUCGACGGCUAUGGGCCCACAGCAUUCGAUGUCUCGUUGAGCCCCGACAUUCCUCUUGGGGAGCUCACUGGAUAUGGCAAGAAGCAUUUCAAGGAGCGGGAGAACAAAGGAUUUGGAGACCUGAGUCUGGUUGACUUCAACAUGGAGACAGAGGACAGCUUCGACAGGAGCAAGCUGGUCGACAUCGGCUGGGACCUUCUGGACUCAUCGCAUGGAACCGUCAUGACCGUGCAGUCCAUCAGGAAGGGUGAGGCAGACGCCCUGUCGAUGAAGGUUCUUGGACACUAUGAAGUGCUGAACCUGUCGGAGGGCUCUUCCAAUGUCCAGGAGGCACCGAUAACAUAUCUCCCAAUAGUCUUCGACACACUGGUUCUCGACCACAAGAAGAGCGGAUACAUAAGGGAUCCAGAGAACGACAAGAUCAUCUAUGCAAGCUGGGCAAUGUUCGAGCACAAGAAGACAAAGAGAUGGUUUACAGUGGUGAAUGUCGACAUGUACAGCGCAUACUCUGAAAAGACCGAUGUCCAGAUGGCAAGUAUUCUAAAGGAUAUGAGCAAGGAGCACACGAUCGACAGUAACCCUGUGUUCUUUAUGGGGCGCAUCAACGCAGUCUCCGACAAGCUGCAGAAGGUGAUCGACGACAAGUACACAAACCCUUUGGACGUAGACCGGAAUGCAAAGGAAGCCCCGAGGUUCACCAUGAAGAACCUUCCGGACAUCCUCGGCAAUUUCCAGAGAGACUUUGUGUUGGUUAGAGAUGCGGCAUCCCAGAUGGUGAGGGUCAACUAUGCAAGGAUACUGAGAAGAGGAAUCCCCACCCUCCACUAUCCUAUCCACGCGAUAGUGUCGUUUGAGACGGGAGACAAGCAGCUCACGCCCCCUGCAGCCUGA